AUGCCAUCCAGAAACUCUAUCAACAGGCCUAAGCUUACGGUUAACUUGAACCGCAAAAACAGCUCGAUCAGCAAGAAGAGAGAUCAAAGAGAGAGAGCUGGUCUAUUGCAACCAGCUAGAUCAUCUGCUGACUCCAAGUCUGGUAAAGUGAAGUCUGUGCCACUGGACCUGUACUUUGAAGGCCAGAAGGACGAUCACGCCAGUGCGAAGGGUAUUACCAACAAGACUCUGUCCAAGAAGCGUGCCAAGAAGAUCGAGAGAAACAUCAAGUACGCCCAGCAGAGGAGACUUCUGACAGAUGCCACUGCGAAGUUGGAAGCCGACAUGGAGAUUGAUAUUGACCAAAAAAAGACUAAGGAUGCCAAGCCAAAGACCGCUCUGGAGCAAGUUAAGGAAGCCUUGUGGAACGCCGUCGAGGAUACUUCAAACAGUGGCCUAAUAAUCGAGAACGGUCAAGGUACCGUACUUGGUGGACCUUACUUCCCAUGA